CCGGCGGCGGCCCAGUGUCGGCGGGGCCGGCUGGGGGGGGCGGGCCUGGUGCGCGGAGCCGCCGCCCGCAGCAGCCGCAGCCGAGGUACGAUGGUGCCGGGCCGGCGCCCCCCGCGCAGCCGCCUCCGGGCGAGGGUAGCCCUGGUUCCUUGAGAGCGCACAGAGUAUUGGAUGCUUGUGGUAAGCCAUGGCAGCUGAUGAUAAGGUUGCCAUUUUAACCGAUGAUGAAGAAGAACAGAAGAGAAAAUAUGUGCUUGCUGAUCCUUUCAAUGGCAUUUCUAAGGAUCAAGACUUGCAUCCCCAGAAUGAAUCCCCUUCAACAGAGACAACCACUGUCCCAGAUGAAGAGCUAGACUGGUUAGAAAAGCACUGCGUCAAAAUCAACAACGAUCUUCUGAUCUCAAAGGUCUUCUAUUUUUUCUUCUAUUCUGCAUAUGGCUCUCUCUACCCCUUGCUCCCUGUGUAUUACAAGCAGCUGGGUAUGUCACCCAGUCAGAGCGGACUUCUGGUGGGCAUCAGGUACUUUAUUGAGUUCUGCAGUGCUCCCUUCUGGGGAGUGGUAGCGGAUCGCUUCAAGAAAGGGAAGAUUGUCCUUCUCUUCUCACUUUUAUGCUGGGUUUUAUUUAACCUAGGGAUUGGAUUUGUUAGACCAGCCACCUUAAGAUGCGUACCAAAGGGCCUUCCCCCAGCACAUCCCACCAAUGCAAGCAGCCUUUUAACUACCAUUUCACAAAACGCCUCCGUGUCAUCUGCACUAACAACCGUGAGUACUGCGUCCCCAAAAGUUCGUGGGAAGAGAGACCUGCUCACUUCCAGGCCAGUCACGUUGGGAGCUACAGGGACUGCUACUCCUGAAGUAACAUUUCUGUUAACUACGCGGAGCGGUGAUGUGGAGUUGGAAAACAGUACUCAUUUUAUUUUGAAAAACACCACUGUCACCACCUCACUGGGGAACGUGACCCCAAGCACCACCCCAUCUGCCACCACCACCAAGCUGUUACCUUCUGACCAAGCCAUGCUGGUUUAUGAUCAACAAGAAGUAGAAGCCAUCUUCCUGCUCAUUCUGCUGGUUGUCAUCAUAGGAGAAUUUUUCAGUGCUUCCUCUGUCACUAUUGUGGACACGGUAACUCUGCAGUACCUCGGCAAGCACCGGGAUCGGUAUGGACUGCAGCGUAUGUGGGGGUCUCUGGGCUGGGGGCUGGCCAUGCUCUCUGUGGGAAUCGGCAUCGACUAUACCCAUAUAGAAGUUGCCAUCGAAGGUCAAGGAUGUAAAGCUCCUGAAUACAAGAACUACAGAAUAGUCUUCAUUGUUUUUGGUGUUCUGAUGACAAUGGCAUUAAUUGUGGCCACCCAGUUUCGAUUUCAUUAUACGCACUUCAAGCAAGAUGAAAAUAAGAAAAAAGAGGUGGAAAUACCACAGGUGGACAGAAAUGCCUCCAACGAAUCCUCUGACAACACUCCUACAACCAGUAUGAGCCAAUCACAGUCUUUCAGUUUUUGGGACCUAAUAAAACUGCUGUGUAGUAUCCAGUAUGGCUCGGUGCUCUUUGUGGCGUGGUUCAUGGGCUUUGGGUAUGGCUUUGUGUUCACCUUUCUCUACUGGCACUUGGAAGAUUUGAACGGCACCACCACUCUCUUUGGAGUCUGCUCUGUGCUCAGUCAUGUGUCCGAGCUGACUGCCUACUUCUUCAGCCACAAACUGAUUGAGUUGGUUGGUCAUAUCAGAGUGCUCUAUAUUGGUCUUGCCUGCAAUACUGCCCGCUACAUUUACAUCUCCUAUCUGGAAAAUGCUUGGACGGUUCUCCCGAUGGAAGUACUUCAAGGUGUCACGCACGCAGCCAUAUGGGCGGCCUGUAUCUCCUACCUGAGUGCAGCAGUGCCCCCGGAGCUGAGGACGUCGGCCCAGGGCAUCCUGCAGGGCCUGCACCUGGGCCUGGGUAGAGGAUGUGGGGCAAUGGUUGGAGGAGUUUUGGUCAACUACUUUGGUCCUGCUGCCACAUUCAGAGGAAUAGGAAUGGCUUGUUUAGUGAUUCUUCUUCUGUUUGCGCUGAUCCAGUGGCUGUUGGUUCCUGAUGAAGAAGAAGAAAAAACAAUGCUGGCAGAAAGGAUCCCAGUGCCUUCCAGUCCUGUUCCCAUAGCAACUAUUGACCUUGUACAACAGCAGUCAGAAGAUGUCAUGCCUCGGACUGAGCCCAGGCUGCCUCUGAAGAAAACGAAACACCAGGAGGAACAGGAGGAUGUGAACAAGCCUGCCUGGGGUGUCAGCUCUUCUCCUUGGGUCACCUUAGCUUAUGCUAUCUACCAGAUAAAGGAGAUGGUUAAGCUAUCCAAAACCUAUCCUAUGCCUGAGAAUCAGCCAUUGCAGAAAAUCAAUGAGAAUUGCAAUACGUUGGCCAGCUCGGAAAGGCAACCCUCAACAGUGACAGAUUCUGGGCAGUCCAGAAAUUGUUCAACACCAACAGCACCAUCAGAUUCCCAAGUAGAUGGCGACCGCCCGGCAUCGGAUCGUGAUGCUCAGCCUGCCGCCGCGGGGCCCUGAGAUGCUCUCAUCUUAUCAAAUCCAGUGCAUGGAAUUCUGCUUCUCACCUGGGAAACGCUGGAGUAGGAGCUCAAAAGUAGGACUUCCUUCAUCUUAACGAGCAUAAUGUGAUGCAGUGCAAGUGCUUUUAACUAUAUAAAAAACAAUAUUCACAUGACUACACGGAGCAACACGUGCAGGGAAGCCAAAAGAUUGGAAUGCUGGAGGGAAGUGAUGUGGUCGGAUCUAAAUGUAGGAAGAAUUCUUGGCUGCUUUGCUAAGGCUUAGUCAAGUGCUAUGAGAUUUCUUUGCAAUCUGUAGAAAAAGGAGAGUUUGCUCAUCGCUUGCUGAGGCCAGAGUGCCUGACUUGGUCAGCUAUUUAUUUUUUGUUUUUCAAUUUCUUCAUGAAUCAAAAUGAAAAGACUUUUUAAGAGAGAAACCGAGGUUUCCCUGCUUAGCAUAGUAAAGAUAUUGGAUCCAAUACAUGUAGAAGCAGUGUAGAACUGUAAAGAUUUCUCAGAAACAGAAUAGCUUUUAGCAAGCGUAGCUUCAUAUUAUGGUGAUGGAAUAAAUAAAACAUAUUCAAAGAAUAUGUUUUUCAAAGCUAAUGUUAUCUUGUUUGACAUAACAGUUUAGUUCUGUAAAGGAGAGAUUUUGAAGUGGCAUUUUAGUGAAGCAGAAGAGUUAGAAGAAGGCUUUUAGAGUGCUUGCGGCCCUUCUUUUGGGCGCUGUGUGUGUGUGUGUGUGUGUGUUUGGGUAACUUUAGGUUUGACGUUGUAUUGAGACAACAACCAUCUUUGAUCAAGAUUGCACAACAUGAGAUUGAUUGAGGUUUCAGUGGGCACACUGGUUUUCUUUUUUAUUAUUUAUUUCAUCAUCUGUACAAUGGUUUAUUUAAUGAAGUGUAGUUACUGUGCUUAUUUAUUAAGAAGACAGCAAGCUUUAAGUGCCUGGGGAAGGGGGGACGGGCGGGGAGAAUCACCUAAUAAUCAUAAUGAUUAGAAUUUCAGGGGCAAAGUUGUUGAUGCAGAAAUCAAGUAGAGAGAUUCUCAGGACGAAGCGUAUGUAACUAAAUUGCAGGAAUUUACUUUGCCCAUUGUUGAGACACUGGAAGACUCUGGAUUGUUCUGUCAUACUGUUCACUAAUAGCCACAGCCAGCUUCCUGGCUGGUGCGUGGUGAAAGCUGCUGCUGAAGGGAGAUCCUUGGGCUCGAGGAGGAGCCAGGUGUUCAGUCAGGAUAGUGUUUUGGCCCCUUGGCUUACACCCACAGCUUGUUGUUGGGAGAUUCUGAGCACUCAGCUUCUGCAGGACUCGAGUAGGUACUGCUCAGCCCUCUGUGAAGAUGUCAGUGUCAGCCUUCCAAGGGAUGGUGCGUGCUCCUGGACCGUGUGGCCUGCGCAGCGAUGCAGGGGCAAGCAGCAUGGGGCUAGGGGAGAGGAGGAUGGCAGCAGCUGAGCAGGAAAAGGGCAUACACAGCUUCAUCUGCUUUGACAUCCACUUAGCUGAGGGGUCUCCUGUUAGCUGUGCUUUAGCUGUGCUUUUAGAACAACCUGUGUUCUGCUUGGGACCAACACCAUAGAAAAUGAACAUCGAUGACUAGCCACUAAUUACUUUUUUUGCACUUGAACUUACAUGUACUGUACUCACGUAAAUCCUCAUGACUUGUCUAAGUGUCCUUUAAAAUCAGAGAUGUAUUUAUUGUAUGUUUGUAUAACUUGGGGGAGAACUAAAGGACUGAACAGGCGACAGGACAGAGGGAUGCUAAAAACCAUCUUGAGACAAAGCAACCAUUUGUUGAGUUCAUGCUGUACGGUGUUACCUCAGCUUCUAUUGCAUAGCACCUGGAUUGUGAGGUGAAGAGCUUGUACACUGUGUUUACACUUUGGGAUUGCUUCUUUGAAAUGCCUGCUCUUUUUGGAAUUGUAUAGUUGUUCUGUGUUGCAAAAUGGACAUGUACACUGGGUUUUGAUAUUUGUGAAACUGUAAAAACUGUGGUAAGAAAUAUAAAAUACCCAUAAUGUAUUUAAUAGCAUCAGUUUGAACUUUUA